AUGUCUAAGUACAGCAUAUAUAGCAACGGUGGAAAUGUACAUGACAGAGGGACUGGUGUUAUUGGUAAUGCUGGUAGCACUGAUGGCACGGUAAAGCUUCCUUCACCUCCUUCACCUCCUUCACCGCCAAAGAAGAAAAAAUCAUUCAUUGAUCAAGCUCGGAAUAAUAUGAGUUAUAUUUAUUCGUCAUCUCAAAUUAAUCCAAACUAUUCAUCUACCAACUUGUCGAAAAUUAACCAUUCAAACUGUAACAAUAAUCCGUAUCUCAGUUAUAAUGGGUCAACAGCAUCUAUCAACACCCUCCCGCUGACGCACCAAGAUUUUAAUUUACCUUCACCACCUUCCUAUUCUUCAUAUCUCAUGACGCCUCCAUAUUCAGAGUCGGCUUCACCAGAACUCGCGGCAUAUGACAAUUUUGAAGAUGGUUUUCAAGCAAAGUGGAAACAUCAGCAGUAUAAUAAUAAUAACAGAAACAAUGACAACAAGUAUGCAACCAGCACUACCAUUACUACCACCACCACCUCCUCCUCCUCCUCCUCCGCCAAAUUCAGGAGUCUACUACCACCGAUAAACUUGCAAAUAUGCAUGCUAUGUUUAAUUUGGUAUUUCUGUUCAAUUGUCUCGUCCAAUUCCAUCAAAGUGGUACUAAACAAUUACAAGUAUCCUGUUACAGUAACUCAAUUUCAAUUUUUGUUCAACAUAGUGUUGAGCUUAACUGUUUUAUUUAUAUCGAAAAGUGAAAUGCUUCGAGAGAAGUUUGAAGCAAGUGAAAUACUUCCUGAAAAUAAGUCAUUCCUGCUGUUUAUUAGUCCAAGUAAGCAUGUCAUUGCUACUACUUUGCCAAUGGGCUGCUUCCAGUUUAUCGGUCAUUUAACAAGUCAUAAGGCAACUUCCAUAAUACCUGUAUCUUUAGUUCACACAAUCAAGGCACUAAGUCCCCUCAUUACAGUUUUAGUUUACAGGUUUAUGUUUCGAAAGAAAUACAAGGCUAGGACUUUCAUUACAUUGAUUCCGUUGGUUGUUGGGAUUAUGAUGACUUGUUACAAACCAAGUAAUACUAACACCACGCCACCACCACCUCAUCCUUCUUCUCCUCCUCCUCCUCCUCCUCCAGUUGUUGCUGGUGCUGGUGCUGGUGCUAGUGCUGGUGCCGUUACCGUUACCGUUGCCCCUACCAGUUAUUCGACUGGGUUGAUUUUUGCAUUUAUAUCGAUGUUGAUCUUUGUUAGCCAAAACAUAUUUGCGAAAAAUAAACUAUCGUCAUUGUCACAUAGCUCCCUCGGAACCAAGAUAAGGACUUUAGACAAUUUGACUAUAUUAUUUUACUGUUCAAUAGUAGGAUUCGGUCUUACAUUACCGAUAUGUAUUGUAUCGGAGGUGCUCAAUCACACACUCUCCAUUACUCAGUUGAACUUGCCGAUUAUUUUGCUUAUCAUUAUCAACGGAUUAAGUCAUUUUUUCCAGUCAAUUUUAGCAUUUCAGAUCCUCAAAUCACUAUCGCCUAUUGAUUACUCGAUUGCAAAUAUUUUAAAGAGAAUUUUUAUUAUAUUAAUAUCAUUUAUAUGGGAGCUGAAGAAUUUCACCCCAUCGCAAACAGUUGGGUUGGUUACAACCUUAUUUGGUUUAUACUGUUAUGAUAGAUGGGGUACUCAGAGAGCCAAACCCGUCUAA